AGAGAGAGAGAGAGACUGACUAUAGAAUCGAGUGAAUGCGGUUUUGUAGUAACUGGUAGCAUUUGUUUGCUGGCUGACUGUGUUGGGUACAGAUUUCAUUUUAAACGGAAUUACUGCAUCGAACACGCAGUUUGACGAACAAUAUGGUCAACGUUGAUGAAGCAGAGGUAAAGUGACCUUUAUUUCUCUAUACUCAUGGCAAAUUUGAUUAAUUAUCGAGACAACAACGCCGCGAUGUUGAUGGUAGAGGCACACCAGCGCGCUAGUAUUAUUGGGUCGAAAACAACAACAACAACAACAACAAGCGGCGGCGGAGCGUCCCCAGUGAGUGAACCCUCUUCAUCUUUAAUUCAUAUUAACACCGUGCAUUUUCAGCAACACUUGCCUCUCGCCCUCCACCACCACAAACUACAAACACAACAACAACCACACCAACACUAUGCCGAGGAAAACAACACGGACGAGUUGCUGAGAAAAUCCUCCACAACUACUUUAUCCCGGGUGCACGAAGAAGCUGCUGUAAAUACUAGCAUUACCGGUACUACGACUACUACAACUGCUAGCAGUGAGGGGAGUGAUGAUGUACGGAAAUGUGGCUACUUGAGAAAGCAAAAACACGGUCACAAGAGAUUCUUUGUGCUGCGGGAACCAAGCCAGGUGGGUCCUUCCCGGCUGGAGUACUAUGAUAGUGAAAAGAAAUUUCGAAAUUGCUCUCGGUCUGCCUCUUGCCCCCCUAAGAGAGUGAUUCCUCUGUACCAGUGCUUUACUGUAAACAGGAGGGCCGAUGCCAAGAAUAAAUACCUAAUUGCACUGUAUACUAAAGAUGAGUGUUUUGCUAUGGUCGCUGAGAAUGAGCAUGAACAGGAAUGCUGGUACACGGCAAUAAGUGACUUAAUGAAUGAAGGGAAAAGGGGGGGGCUGGAUUCAGAUGAGCUGGAUGAUGGCUAUGGCACCGUCACACCUGGGACUGUAUUUAAAGAAGUGUGGCAGGUGAAUGUGAAGCCCAAGGGACUGGGGCACACUAAAAACCUGACUGGAGUGUACAGGCUGUGUCUCUCCAGCAAGACCAUUCACUUGGUUAAGCUCAACUCUGACACCCCCUGUGUGAACUUGCAGCUGAUGAACAUCAGGCGGUGUGGGCAUUCUGAGAGCUUCUUCUUCAUUGAGGUGGGUCGCUCUUCCUCCAUUGGGCCCGGGGAGAUCUGGAUGCAGGUGGAUGAUUCUGUGGUGGCUCAGAACAUGCAUGAGACCAUCCUGGAAACCAUGAAAGCCCUCAAAGCUUUCGCUGAGUUCAGGCCAAGGAGCAAAAGUCAGUCCUCCGGCAGCAACCCCAUUGCUUUCAUUACCACCCGCCGGCACCUGGGCAACCUUCCCCCCAGCCAGACCGGCUUGCAGAGGCGGGCCAGGACGGAGAGCAUGGCUGGCACACCCCCUACAAGCAAAAGUGGGGGUUACCGCUUCCGGACCUCCAGUGAAGGGGAGGGCACCAUGGCCAGGCCUUUUAGGUCUGUCACUGGGAGCUUAAUCCACCUGAACACUGCCAGGAUAAACCUGGGCAAGCAGGAGGGCAGCGGGAGGUACGUAAAGGCGCCCCCUGGAUCUGCCUACCACACACGCUCUGCCUCUCUGCCCGUUUCUCACUUUCCCUCUACCACCAGCCCUGUCAGCGUUUCUUCAAGCAGUGGCCACGGAUCAGCUUCUGACACCCUGACCCGCCCCUCCAGUGCCUCUAUAUGUGGAUCUCCAAGUGACGGAGGGUUUAAUUCUUCCGACGAGUAUGGCUCCAGCCCUGGGGAUUUCCGAUAUUUCAGGGUUAGAAGCAACACCCCCGAUUCCCUGGGGAACACCCCACCGAUCCGGGAGGAAAACUGCUUGAGUGAGUAUAUGUCGAUGGAUAAGCACGCUAAUGGGAGGAGCAGCUGCUGUUACAGUAGCCAGGACGAUGGCUUGAGGGAUGAGUACAUUGACGCUGAGAAAUGCUUCAGGAAAAGGACUCACUCGCUCACCAAGCCGGGUGCCACCACAGUGUACCAGAAAAUGGCACAGACCACCUCCUCACUGGAUGAACCCGGUGCAGAUGCCAACCCCUUGGGCAGCCACAGCCAUCUGUCAUACUCUGCCUCCCCUAAAUCCAGCUACCCCUAUCCAGAGGAUUAUUGUGAAGCUAAGCUUCCGUCACCUUCCAUCACCCAGCGGCAGGGUGCAACUAAGGACGAUGGCUACAUGCCAAUGAUGCCUGGUGUAGUCCCCUCCUCCCAAGCAGAUUAUAUGCCUAUGCAUCCUAAAAACACUGCCCCCAAACAGAUCGUCCACCCCAGGUCAGCACCUCAUGAGGACUCUAGGGGCUAUAUGAUGAUGCAGCCCAGUGCAAGUUGCUCACUUGUGCGAAACGGCUCCAAGGGCAGCAGUGACCGGUUGCCCAAUGGCGAGUAUAUGGAUAUGUCCCAGAGCAACAGCACUCGAUGCAAGCUGUCCAGCGACUGCUCUUAUGGUCGGACUGCACCUGAUCUCCCUAAGUCCUACAGCUCUUACUUCUCUUUGCCUAGAUCAUACAAGGCUCCUGUCCAGGAAAACGGCAAGCACAAUGAUUAUGUCCCCAUGUGCUCUCCUUGCAGGCCAGUUAAUGAUGGACCCGAGUACAGCAACAGAUGUACUGGUAGCAGCAGCAUCACCUCUACCAACAGGGGGCACAGUAGUCACACACCCGCCUCUCUCAGCCUGCAAAAUGGGAAUGGGUUAGUCUGUGGACCGAACCGAAGAGCUGUGAGACCCACCAGACUGUCCCUGGGCAGCCGUAGUAGCAACACAGUACCCCGGACUUCCGAACGAGCCCUGCCACCUGAGCCCCACAGCCCAGGAGAGUAUAUUAAUAUCGAUUUUGGAGAGAAGGCCAUUCACACACCAUACUGCCUGUCCGCAGAGGGGUCUCCUCCUUCCCUGGGCUCCACCAGCGACCACAGGCGGUCUCUACUAAAUGACUACAUGAGCCUGGAUUUGGAUGCCCAGUCGCCCAAAGCAGCUGAUGUAUCUCUACCACGCUCUGCCACCAGAAUGGCCCCGACCUCCUCUUCCAUUGUAGAUGCUCCCAGAAGUCAGCCCAGCAAUGAUUAUGGUCGGGUGGCUCUCGGGGACACACCUGUCACUGGCGGAGCAGGACGGACUGAUGAUUAUACAGAAAUGACCUUUAACCUGGCACUGACCCCACCACGGUCAGGUGCCCCACAGGAGCCAGACAGCCUUGAGGCGGUGAGCCCAUCUUCAGUUGUGAAGCGGCUCUGUAUUGUUGAACGGUACCCUGGACAGAGCAGCUUUCCUAUCCCCCCUCCUCCUUCUUCAGCGCCCCCCUUUGAACCCAAGGUGAUCCGUGCUGACCCCCAGGGCAGGCGGCGUCACAGCUCGGAGACCUUCUCCUCCUCGCCCAGCAGUUCAGCUAGCAUCGCCCCCACCAGCACCCUCCUGAUCGACGGUAGCAAGCGGCACAGCUCCGCCUCCUUCGACAGCGUCUGGCUUCGACUGGAGGAGGGACCCAACACCAGUGCAGGGGGUGAGUGCAGCAGCCAGGACGGCAGUGGGAAGAUGUGCAGGAACACCUCGGCUGGCUAUCAGAAUGGUCUCAACUACAUCGCCCUGGAUCUAAGGGAGGAGCUGAGGAGCUGCGAGCCCCCUGCACCACUGACCUCCCCCUCGCCGCCUCCUCCUACUGAGAAUGGAGCCUACGCCAGCAUAAACUUCUCCAAGUCAGACAGAAUGAAGGGUGCGCCAAAAGACUGAAAUCAAUGAGAAGAAGAAAUUCACAGCAUCUGGAAAAGCCAAGAAUCAAAAUGCAGCAGCAGUUUAAUGCAAGACAAGUUGCCUCACUUCCCCAGCAAUGGGAGGACAAAACUUUUUUUUCUGUGGUUCUUUUAUACCCCUGGAAGCAAAAUCAUCACCAACUUUAACUAUUUAAACUGAACUGGAUAUUAAAAAAAAAAAACAAAACACAACACACAGUAUUCAUUGAAGCAAGUGUGCUGACUUAUUUGACAAGAGGUUUGAAAUUAAUCAUGCAAAUGUGGUGGGUUUUGUUGCCCACAAUCAAAAUUCAGUCCACUAACUUUGAGUGUGUGUCGAUUUGACAAGGUUUAAAACAGUUCCGUCAGCUUUCAUUCUAGGGCUGUGCACCUAAAUCCGUGUCCCUGUCUAACACAUGGCUCCUGCACGUUCUAUUACUACAGUCCAAGGAUGCUUGAGGCUGAGAUGACGUUGGGAGCUUCUGUAACCAAUUACCAAGCUCAGGUGCAGCAUGCCCUACAUUCCUGAAGCUCUGGACUAAGGGACAGCAGCCAGUAAGGGGGCUGGGUAGAGGGGUUCUAUACUUGGCCUUGUAAAAUUCACCAUCAGCCAAAAUAUCUGUUAUUCUAUCCUGCUUUGAGCGUGUGCCACCUUGAGCUAGGAGCUACCCAAAAACAGAGCUCCGAAAGGGCAGAUGUUGGGCCAUACUCCCACAAUGGCAAGCAACGCACCAAGCUGCAUUUACACAAAGUAUGUGAAUGCUAAUUAAAAGUAUAGUGAAGAAAUGAGCUGCUGCUGCGGAAACUUCCAUACCUCGUGUUACAAAGUAGCUAACAGGAGCCUUGGUCAUAUAAAUAGCCUAAUUAUCAGAAAGACUCAAAGUUAAUGGACCUUUAACAGCAGAAGACAACAGUUAAACUGGGGUGUUGCUGUGUGUACCGAUUCUGGAAAAUAUGUUUUCAGUAAAAUUCCAGUUGAAUGCACCAUUUACUAGCAUCCUAAUGAUGUCACUACUUAUACAGGCUGCUGGCAAAAAUAUUAGAAAGCAUAUGCAAAAUCGGCAUCCUACAGCAAACAUUGUGUAAAACUUUAAAACGUUACCUUGCAUACACUUUUUCUGAUGGUUCUCUCAACAGCAAAAUUUUUUACCAUGCUUUUUAGUGCAAAACACUGCACAAGCUAUAUUAGAAAGUUAGUUUGGAUUAGCCACUUUUAUUUACCAAAAUACAAAGCAACUAUAGUACUGUUAAGAGGAAAAAGAUGUAUAUUUUAAAAUGUAGCUCAAACCAUUCAACAAAAUGAGCAGGGUUUACCCUUUAUUACAAAACAAAGAUGAGUGAAUCCUUGUUUAGAGUUAUUUAGAAUAAGGGAAGGCUAUAGUUUUUUUUUUUUUUUUUCAGGUGCAUGCUUAAUGUCAUUCAUAACAUUAUAAAUAUGUUACACAUUCAGAAGUAAAAGAUCAGAAACCAGGUUAAAGAAAACAAACCCUUCAUAUAUGUUUCAGCAUUAUAACUGCACAACUCUCUGUGUUCUUCAGAAUAUUAGAACAAGUAUCAAGUGUCACAAUGGAAAGAAAUAAUAGGCAGAGUUAGAAAUGUAAUCACUUAAAAAUCGAUAGAACUCUGGCUCUGGCAGAUAUUUCCUAAGUUUGUUUUCAUACAUAAAGAUCCUGUUUGUUUUUGUAGUGUGGGUGAGUUGGAACUCCCAGAACAGUGGCGCUGCAGCUGUACAGCUGUGUGGUGGAAGGGGGUCUCAGUCCCGCUCCCUAGGGGCAGGCAUGACUCACAGAGCAAUGUGUGCUGCGCUCCCACAGGACAGCGUGGAUGGUAUUCAUAUUUUUAUUUGGACUGCGGUUAAAAGGCAGAGGCAGGGAUUUCUAGCCAACACAUUCUUUCUUAGAAAAAGAACUGACAGGUUUCCUGUGCAAAAUCUGUCAUUUCUCGUUAAUGCGCUUGUGAUCAUUAAAAAAAAGAAACAACAAAAAAAGUCAUAUUUAUAAGGAGUACAUUCCCACAUGCACAGCUCACACAGACGGGGGCAGGUUGAGCUGGAAAAUGAUUGGGAUCACUGCUGUUUUGAAACCAAAACAAAACAAUGAGAAUUGCUGCAGGGUGACUAAUUCUGGCUGCACACAAUCAGCUAUGAAUUUAUGGAAGGUAUAUGCAAGUUAAGGUACCUCAAAUGCUGGCUUGGUAUUUCAAUAAGAUGUGUUUUGCUGUGAAUUAGUUUUUUUUUUUUUUUUAAAUAAAAGUCUACACAAUGAGUACUACAAUAGUUAUCCACCUACCUCCCACAAUAAAUAAAUAAAAUAACCUACAGUACUAUUUCACCAUAAAUCUUCCCAAUCCAGCAUUUCAGAAAAACAAACACUCAGGCGCAUUCUUGGUGACUGAACUGUGGCUUCUAUACUUUUUCAAGACCUUAGAGGUAAAGAGAACUGAACAACACACAGGAACACAUCUGCCUCUUAAGUACCAGGCACCACUUAAUGCAAGACAGAGACUACAAACACGACAACGAAGGACACAAGGCAAACAAGAUAGGUAGCAAAAGAUUUACACAGCGGGCGUAAACAAUUUUGUGAUAACUGCUAUGCAAAAUCAACUUGUGUUUUGUAUAAGAGGACAGCAUCAUAUCUGAACUGCCAUGCUCUUUUCAAGUGGCAACAGUAUUGUGUUUUGCAAUAUGGGUGAUUUCAAAACGGGGUAGUGUUGUAAUUUGUGGAUUAUGACACUUGUCCCAAAUGCAGUGUAUCUAUGAUGGUGUUUGAUGAACUAGCUUUUUUCUGAUAGGACUACAGAGGGACUAACAAGCUUUACCUUGGGUAUGCCCACAACCUGACAUCAAGAAAUAAUCAGAUGUGAAAUAAUGUGGGUCAAGGCUGACAGAGGGUGAACAUGCCAGCGGUACACAAGUUUGCGAGCAGCUGAACACCAAAUCCAAUAGAGUAUGGUUAAUGGUACGCACAAUAAAUGGUUUGAAGACCAACUUUAAAUCAUUUACAAUUCGUGGUACUGAAAAUGCACACUUUGACCUAUACAUUUUCAAAGCCUAGUACUAAGUGGACUGAAUUACUGAAGAGUGAAAGUCUAGUAUAACUUCUCACUUUAGCUUUGUAGCUGUAGGUGAUCUAAUGGAAAUCAAACAAUGGUUAUUAUACAUGACUGGAAGAUAUGGAAAGAAAGGGAAAGGGUAUUGAUUUAAAAUGAAGCAGCUGCUCUCGAGGUUUAAUAUAAUUUGUUCAGCCCUUGCCCAGCCUUUGUGUAAAAUAAUACAUUGCAAUAGAUGGAUCUGUAUGUGUCAACCUAGUCGUUGCAAAGGCUUUUUAUUUUGGUGGGUUCUGUUAUGGUACUUUAAUAACACCAAAUUGUGUUUUAAAAAGUCUUCAUUAGUCUUGCACAUAUCGGGUGAAGGGGUUUCCUUUUUUGUUAUAUAUUGAAUUUUUUUGCAUUAAAUUAUGGUGUCGAUUUGUGAACUAAACUUUUAAAAAAGCUGCCAUUUUGUGGGAUAAAGCACUGAUUUAGAUGAAAAAUAACCUCAAACUACUACUAUUACUACUACAAAGGCUUACAGGUACGGCAUAAAAAUAUGCAAUCAUUUUUUUUAUUAAUCUGUGUCUCGUUUACAGAGCAAAACUACUUUUUGUUUCAGUAUUCUGCCGAUUGGAUAUUUAAGAGUACAAUAAUAAAAAAACACAUGUUACAAAAAAAAAAAAAAACAAUUUUGCAGGUUUAUAAUUCUUCGGAUGUUGUUUUUUUUUUAUUAUUUUAUUUGCUGCUGUAUAGUAUAAAUAACGAAUGAUGAAUGGAAGACUUUAUGUUUCUUGUACAGUAGAUUUUGUUUGAUAAAUGGACACAUUGUUAUUUACACUGUACAGAUGGAAGUGUACACGGAUGAUAGCUGUUCAUUAGAUUUGCUAUUUCUGCCACAAGGGUCAGUGUUAAAGAGAUGAAACGUAAGCUGUGUAUCUGGCUGUGUCUUCCACUGUACAUAUUGCUGCAAUGUUUCAUGAUAAUUGCGCCCUUGUUGGCAUUGUUGUUUUCUUUUGGGAGACUGGCUUUGGAGCUCUGUAUAGUGUUUAUUUAAAAAUCUGACUUUUUUUGCUUUCCAUAGAGCUACUUGCAAUAAAAUGUGCUAAUGUA